CUGCAAUUAAUAACUCGACCCUGCAAAAAUCCAAAAUUUUUUGAUUAAUUCAAGAAUAAUGUAAUUUCUUAUGUGCUUUAAGUAAACAUUUUGUCAAUAAUUCAAUAGUGACAGUGAAAGCAAGUUAUUCACAAAGUGAAAAUUAUAGCAAAAGAGCGUUAGAAAUAUUUCAACACAUAUUUUAUCACAUUUCCUAAAGUUACAUUUUUAUUGUAUGCUUAUGUGUGCUUUAAAGCCAUCAUGCUAUUCUGAUGAUAUCAUCUCUGCAACAAUUCGUGCUGAUUUCACACAAAAAUCCACUCGACAUGGACAAAACCUCGAAAAGUGGAAAAUCACACGCGAAGAAAUCAAAAAAAUCAUCGAAAUCAUCUCCAGGACACAAUCAUCGUCUAGUAGAAUAUUCAGAUGUAUCAAGCAAUGAGCUGUCUGCACCCGAAGCUGGUGAACUUCCAUCUGACGGUCUUUCUAUCGUCAGUGAUGAUGAAAUUUCUACAAUCGGCGGCAACACCAACAACAAUAACAAUUCCAUUUAUGAGCCUAUCGAUGAUGACGAUGAGGAGCUCGAAAAAUUAAUGGACGGUGAUGGCUUUAGUGACACGACAUUUAGCGAGUCCACAAAGCGUAAGAAAAAGCAAAAGAAGAAACAAAAGAAGCUUAAAAAGUCGAAAAAGAGAAAAAAGCGACGACGAUCCAGCGACGAGUCAAUUGAAGAAAUCAGCGAUGAUGAAGCUUUGCUGGACAGUGUCAAUAGUGAAAAGAGCAACAAGAGAAUUGAUGAAGGUUGCACACCGCCACUCGAUCAAAUCUCCUACACACCAAAAAAUAAAUUCGACGCAUAUACGCCGAUAUCACCAGGCAAUUCUCCUAUUCUCAAUGCCAGUCCUGAAAGUCUUUCUGAUGCACCAGCAACAUGCAUCAUGUCAGGUAAACGUAACGAAUACCGUUCACCUCACACACCGCCAAUGCCUAAAAAACUCAUCGUUGAAGAUUUAUCACGAAGUCAUGGCGUCCCAUCCGGUGGACGUCAUUCGUCACUCUCAUCAACCGCUUCACAAAAAGCAUCAUCAAGAAAACGACAUUCGACACCUGAGCGAUCGAAUUCAUAUCGGAAACGUACUCGUAGCAGAGAUGGAUCGUCAUAUGAGUACGAAAGUCGACGCUAUCGUAAAAGGGAUCGCGUGUUAUCGCCUUACAGUAGUCGCAAACAUCGUGACAGGAGAAGACGAUCAAGAUCAUCAUCGACCCCUCCACGAAAGCGAAAGCCACGAACUCGAACACCUCCAAGAUAUCAUCGAUCUCCAUCACCACCAUCGCGUCGAACUCCAUCAAAAUCACCGUCACCUUCACUUCUUGCUAAGGUCGUGCCGAAAAAAUCAAUAAACAUAAAUGACACGUCACUUUUUGCCGAGCUCGUUAAAGGCAAACAUAAGCGAGUUAAAGUGCUUCAGGAAAUACUCUUAUCGUCUGAUACGAAAGACGAUCCGAAAGUGAUUAACGUUGAUUCGCAUGAUGGAAGUGAGAUGAAAGGUGAAUCAACAAAUGGUGAUCUCACGGACAUUCCCAUUCCGCCAUCAAAUGGAAUUCCAAUAGAGACUUCAACGUCAUCGUCAAGUAAUAAUGAGCCGAAUCAUAAGACAAUAGUUGCUCCGCCACCACCCCCUCCCGAAUCCAAUCAUCCCUCUGUGAUAAAGAAGAGCAAAGCUACUGAGCUACCAAUGCCACCAGGCAUUGUCGUUCCAUCAGAAUUAAGAACGCCAUCACCACCUCGAGAUUGUCCUGGUCCAUCAAAGAAAAUUCGUCUGCUUGACAUGCCAAUGCCGCCGAUGAUCACUGGCACUGAAGAUCUCAGCAAUGAUGAGAAUGACAGCAUUUUUGGUCGUCGCGGUAUUCGACCAAGUGUCAAAGGAAAUGGAACAGCAAAGACAUUAAGACCGAAAAUUAUUAGUCGAAGACGUUCAGAUAAUGCUGUCGGUAAUUGGGGCGAAAGAUGCGUUGAAGUUUUUCAAAUUAUGGCACAAAUUGGUGAAGGAACGUAUGGUCAGGUUUACAAAGCAUGUGAUCUGAACACGAAGGAAGUUGUUGCUUUAAAGAAAGUUCGUCUUGAGCAUGAGAAAGAUGGAUUUCCAAUUACAGCUGUACGUGAAAUUAAAAUUCUUCGUCAAUUACAUCAUAAAAAUAUUGUCAAGCUUCGUGAGAUUGUCACGGACAAGCAAGAAGCUGUUGAUUUCUGUAAGGAUCGUGGAGCGUUUUAUCUUGUAUUUGAAUACAUGGAACAUGAUCUGAUGGGAUUGAUGGAGAACGAACAAGUUGAAUUCAAUGAAAUUCAUAUCGCAAGCAUAAUGAAGCAGCUUUUGAGAGCGUUAAAAUAUUGUCAUGAGAAGAAUUUCCUUCAUCGAGAUAUCAAAGGCAGCAAUAUUCUUAUGAAUAACAAAGGCGAAGUUAAACUCGCUGAUUUUGGCCUAGCACGUGAUGCCGAAGAUCGACAGCGACCUUACACAAACAAAGUCAUAACAUUAUGGUUUCGACCACCAGAAUUGUUACUUGGUGAAGAGAAAUAUGGACCUUCAAUUGAUAUAUGGAGCGUUGGAUGUAUACUUGGUGAACUUUUCGCAAAGAAAACACUUUUCCAAGGAAAUUCAGAGCCAGUUCAAUUGGACAUUAUUUCAAGAUUGUGUGGUUGUCCAACGCCUGCAGUGUGGCCGAAUGUCAUUAAGUUGCCUCUUUUUAACACUUUAACACCGAAGAAACAAUAUCGAAGGAGACUACGUGAAGAGUUUGCAUACAUGCCCGACUCAGCGUUGGAACUUUUCGAUAAAAUGUUGACUUUGGAUCCUGAAAAGAGAAUUACGGCGGAUGAUGCACUUAAAAGUCAGUGGCUUAAGAAUAUUGAACCAGAAACGCUUCCACCACCAAACUUACCGACAUCGCAAGAUUGUCAUGAGUUGACAAGUAAAAGGCGACGUCGUGAGUUACGUGAACAACAAGCAGCUGCACUUCAAAAUCCUCCACCAAGAACAACGGUGCCUCCAAUUAGAUUAACUAAUGUUGACAUCGGACCGCCAUAGGACGAAGUUAAUAAGAGACAAAACGACUUCGGAGUAAAAUUUCCCUUAGAUUUCAGUUCUUCUUAAUUAAGUCUUUUUCUACGCAGUUUCUUUUGGACAUUAACUUUGAAGAAAAAUCCAUGGAUAAGAAAUAUAAGAAGAGAGGUUUAGAUUUUUACACAAACACAAAAAAAAAGCAUAAAAAACAGAUAGUUAGGUAGUCACCGUCAUGUGAAUAUUGAAAAGAAAAUUGUAAAUAACAAUUUAAUAAAAAUUGAAAUGGAAAAUAUAUUCGAAAUAUGUUUUCAUAACUUAACGGAUUUUGAGAUUUUGAAUUCAUUUUAGAAUGUUACUGCUCAACAGAUGGCGUAAGUGUCUGCAACUGG